GAACUCUUGAUUUAAAAGAUCAAUCUUGGUCUAAUAUCUUCGCUCUUCUUAUUGCUGCUGACGAAUUAUUGCUUGAUCGAUUGGUUGAUUACGUGCAAAAAUAUCUUAUUGAAAACGGAUCGACUUGGCUUGAAGAGAAUUUUACUAUGGUUAUGUCUACCGUCUUUAAGAUUCAAAGUUUUAAAAAGAUCCAAUCUUACAUUACAACAAAACUUGCUCCACCAGUAAAUUCAUAUCUCGAUAUUCUUGAAAUUCUUAAUAUUGCUGAUAAAUUGGCUCUAGACAAUUUAAUUGAACGGAUUAAACAAUCUUUUAUUAGAAAUGAACCUUCUUGGUUUAAAGAAAAAUUUGUUGAUUUCUUGUCCGAGGUUACUAACCUUAAAAGAUGUGAGAAAAUUCAAGAUUCAAUUAUAAAAAUUAUUAAGGAUCAACAAAUCUCUUGGCUUAAAGAAAAUAUAUUUGUAUAUUUAUGGGAUAUCAAAAAUUUUAACAAAUUUAAGAAAAUUCGAGAUUGUAUCGUGGAGACUGUCUGUAUAGAUCCAGAUCCAUUAUUAUUUGAGUUAGAAAAUUUUCCAACAUUAGAAAAAGACAUUUUUUUGGAAUUUAUUAAGAGAGAAGAUCUAAUUAUUGAAGAGAUCGAUCUUUGGAAUUAUUUAGUGAAGUGGGGAACGGCUCAAUUCAUUUCUUUAUCUGAGGAAAAACCUGUCAAUGCAGAUGUCACUAGCUGGGGAGAAAACGAAUUUUUAUUAUUUAAAACGAAAAUAGAACCAUUUAUAAAUUAUAUUCGAUUUUGUGAAAUUUCACGGGUUGAAUUUUAUUACCAUAUUUUGCCUUUUGAAAAAGCAUUGCCAGAAGAUCUUUAUAAAGAAUUAGUUGCUUAUUUCAUAGCCGAUAUUAAACCACAACUUGUUUGCUUGCAACCACGUGUCGAAAUGACUAGUAUUGACUCUGUUAUCAUUAACAAGAAAAAUGCACGAACCAUUGUCAAGUGGAUCAAAGGGAUAACUGCUUUUAACAAACAACCUUCUUACGAGUUUAUAUUUUGUUACCGAGCGACCCACAAUGGAUUUAAUUUCAAAGAACUUAAUGACAAGCUUUACAUUCGUUCACGAGUUAUGUUGAUUAAGAUUAAAGAUUCUGAUAGAAUAAUUGAUCCUAAUGAUGAUGGGUUUGUUCUCAUUUUUGGAAGUGGAAUAGAUUCUAAUUGUAAGAUUCCUUGUCGUGUGAUGUUUAAUAGCAGUUAUGGAUCUCUACCAUCGAUAGAUUUUGAUUUUGGAAGACACUUGAAAUUGAAAAGAGGGUAUGAACCUAAAAAUAACAUUUUAAUUAAUUUUGAUGAUACGAAUAUUACUGCUGAAGAAAUUGAAAUAUUCGAAAUUAAAAUCAAUAAUUAA